AACAGCUAUGUCCAGGGGGCCUUAGACAUUCCCCUUCUCACCAAGACCAUGGGCCAGUGCCUGGAUGAGACCGUUGAGCGGUUUCCCGACCGCGACGCCUUGGUCUUCUGCCGAGACGGCGUUCGGAAGACGUUUGCUCAGUUCAAAGAGGAGGUGGACCAGGCAGCAGCUGGGCUUCUGGCUCUUGGCCUGAAGAAGGGAGACCGGCUGGGAAUGUGGGGUCCCAAUAAAUACGAGUGGGUUCUCAUGCAGUUUGCAACUGCCCAGGCAGGAAUCAUCCUGGUAUCUGUGAAUCCAGCCUACCAGGCCCUUGAGCUGGAGUUUGUCAUCAGGAAGGUUGGCUGUAAGGCACUGGUGUUUCCCACUCAAUUUAAAAGACAGAAAUACUAUGAUAUUCUAAAGCAGUCAUGUCCUGAGCUAGAAAAAUCCAGUCCAGGGGGAAUAAAGAGCAAAAGGCUACCAAACUUAUCCGUUGUCAUCACAGUGGACUCCAAGCUGCCUGGCACCUUCCACAUGGAUGAAGUGAUGCAGGCUGGGGACAGCAGCCAUAUGAAGCAGCUAAGAGCCGUGCAGCGGACCCUCUCCUGCGAUGAGCCCAUCAACAUCCAGUUCACUUCAGGGACAACGGGAAGCCCCAAAGGAGCCACCCUCUCUCACAGGAACAUUGUGAAUAAUGCCAAUCUGAUCGGUCUGAGGCUGGGGAUCACAGAGCAGGACUACCGCGUUGGCCUCCCUGCGCCCCUCUAUCAUUGCCUGGCGUCUGUUGGAGGCUGCAUGGUGAUGGCUCUGCACGGGUCCUCCUGCGUCUUCUCAUCGCCGAGUUUUGAGGGGAAGGCUGCUCUGGAGGCAGUGUCUCAAGAGAAAUGCUCCUUUCUACAUGGCACACCAACUAUGUUUAUAGACAUGCUUUCCCAGCCGGACUUUGACUCCUAUGACCUGUCAACUCUCCGGGGAGGAAUCAUUGCAGGUUCUCCUGUUCCCCCUGAGAUCAUGAAGAUGAUUAUCACCAAGAUGCACAUGCCAGAGAUCGUGGUUGCCUAUGGGACCACAGAAAACAGCCCUGUCACCUUCAUGGGAUUCCCCAAUGACAGCAUCGCCAGAAAAACCGAGACGGUGGGAUACAUCUUUCCCCACACAGAGGCAAAAAUUGAGGAUCCAGAAACAGGGAAGUCUGUGCCUCUGAACACUCCCGGGGAGCUUCAGAUCCGUGGCUACUGCGUCAUGCUGGGCUACUGGGAUGACCCCACCAAGACGAGCGAAGUGGUCACUGCUGAGAGGUGGUACAAGACGGGGGACCUUGCAAGCCUGGAUGAGCACGGCUACUGCAAAAUUAUAGGCCGUUGCAAGGACAUGAUUAUUCGGGGAGGAGAGAACAUCUACCCAGCAGAACUUGAGCAGUUUCUCCACACCCAUCCCAAGGUUGAGGAGGUCCAGGUGGUUGGUGUGAAGGAUUCGCGGAUGGGAGAAGAGAUCUGCGCCUGCAUCCGCAUGAGGGCUGGGCAGGACUGCACCGAGGAAGAGAUUAAAGCUUUCUGCAAAGGGAAGAUCUCCCAUUUCAAGAUCCCGCGGUACGUUGUGUUUGUGGGUCAGUACCCGCUCACUGUCUCGGGCAAGAUUCAGAAAUACAAGUUGAGGGAGCAGAUGGAAAAGCACCUUCAGCUCUGAGCUCGGGAAGGCAGAACCGAAAAGGGGGUAAAUCAGCCCCAUUUCAGCCAGCUUUGCAUCUGCUUUUCACCUGUGCCUUGGGCGACGUGGUGGAGACCUCCUCUCCCUGACAUCAGGCUGAUGGCACUUUUACUUAAUAAAACAGAGAGCCUUUUUUCCCCAGUUGGGUUUGUUUCUUUGCCAACAGAAAUACUGCGGUGCGAGGAAGGGAUGCUUAUUUCUGGA